GCGGCAGGGCGCCAUUUUUCUUUAGUCAUUCACUGCCGCAUUGAGGAAAAUUUUAAUUUUCUAUUACAUUUAUAAACUUGUAAAUACAUCCACACAAAACAUGGGCGUAAAUGUAGAAACAAUCAGUCCUGGAGACGAAUCAACCUACCCGAAGACUGGUCAGACUGUUGUCGUUCAUUACACUGGCACUUUGACAAAUGGGAAAAAGUUUGACUCGUCCCGUGACCGCGGCAAGCCUUUCAAGUUCAGAAUUGGCAAAGGUGAAGUCAUCAGAGGCUGGGAUGAGGGUGUUGCCAAGAUGUCUGUUGGUGAACGAGCCAAGCUGACGUGCUCCUCUGACUAUGCCUAUGGCAAGCAAGGCCACCCUGGAGUCAUCCCUCCUGAUGCAACCCUCAUCUUCGAUGUGGAGCUCAUCCGUCUUGAAUAAACUAUUAAGCCACUAACAACCAUUCACCCACCUUAAAAAAGGUUUUGUUAGAUGAGUUUUCUUAGAGACUUAUAUCUACUCAUUCGAGUGACCUGUUUCACAUGCCAAUGAGUUUAAAAUUCCUUGGAAUUUUAAAUAUAACUUUUUCACUGAACUGUCCAUGGAUAAGGUUUUUUUAAGAAAGACACUGGCCACAAAAUGCACGAAUUAUUUGAAUGCUUUGAACUGUUUGUGUCUAGCCCCAAACAUUACUUUUCAAUCAGAAUGUUCCCAGAAAUAUUUGUUUUUGCAGUUGAUUUCUUACACAUUUCUGUCAUAAAAUGAUACCUUAAGAAAUGCCCUAUCUUAUUAUAUUAAUUAGACUAAGAUUUUAGUUUCCAUAUAAGUUGCGCGAGCUUGACAGUUGAGUGAUUAUUUAACACAAAAAAGUGCUAGCUAGUCAAUCGUUUAAUUAUCUCAGAUUAAACUUUUAAGCGGUAUAGUGCAAUGGUAGCAGUAGAUCCCGAGAAUUAUGUGAAACUGUCUAACAAACCUCCAUUUUAGUCAUUCAUGGAAAUUUCACUAAUGAUUAGUGAUGCCAGAGUUCAUAUUUCCAUCUGGCAUGGUAAGAAAAUUAUGGUCAACAUUCCAGCAGCAUUUUAUUGUCAAAUCUCAAAUGUUUGAAGUGUUCAUUAAUUUACAGAGUCAAUUUUGUAUAGCCGUGUAUGUAUUUAGAUGUUUGCUAUUUUUUACAUCAAUAAUUCUCUUCAGCAUUGUUAAGCAGAAAACAAUCUGUGGGCAUUUUUGAGGCCAGCGAAAAUUUGUUCUACAGCCUAUGCAUUGGUACACAGAAAUGCCUGCUUUCUGCUUGACAUUCUCAAUUACUUUAUGCGCAACUGUAAUUAAUGAAGUCUGUUUUUAUAUGAGCACAUUAUCUUGUCCUCUGGAAUGAAUUACCAAAUACAUCUGUCUUUGAAAGCUUUAUUGUGUAAGGAGAAAUAAAUAAUUGUAAACCUGGAAACUCUUUUAUUUAUUAAAAUUAAAUCAGCC